AUGGCAGGUUUAUCUUUUGAUAAUUAUCAACGUAAUGCAUUUUUAGCUUCUCAAUCACAUAACACACCAAAGGCUACCUCUACUGGUACUACAAUCGUGGGUGUUAAAUUCAACAAUGGUGUUAUUAUUGCCGCUGAUACUAGAUCUACUCAGGGCCCAAUUGUUGCUGACAAGAAUUGUGCUAAGUUACAUAGAAUGGCCCCACGUAUUUGGUGUGCAGGUGCAGGUACUGCAGCUGAUACUGAAGCCGUCACUCAAUUGGUUGGCUCCAAUUUAGAAUUACAUUCUUUAUAUACUCACAGAGAACCUCGUGUUGUAUCUGCAUUACAGAUGCUAAAACAGCAUUUAUUUAAAUACCAAGGCCAUAUCGGUGCUUAUUUGAUUGUUGCAGGUGUUGACCCCACCGGACCGCAUCUAUUCGCUGUUCAAGCUCAUGGUUCUACAGAUGUAGGAUUUUAUCACUCUUUAGGUUCUGGUUCAUUGGCUGCUAUGGCCGUAUUAGAAACUAAUUGGAAACAAGAUUUAACUAAGGAAGAAGCUAUGAAGUUGGCUUCCGAUGCUAUCCAAGCUGGUAUUUGGAAUGAUUUAGGUUCCGGUUCUAAUGUCGAUUUAUGUGUAAUGGAAGUUGGUAAAGAUGCAGAAUAUUUAAGAAAUUACAUCACACCAAAUGUCAGAGAACCAAAACAACAAAGCUACAAAUUCAAAAGAGGCACAACUGCUGUACUCAGAGAAGUGGAAAUCGAGGUUUAUCAAGAACAAGAGAUCGAUAUUUCAGCAUAG